GGGAAUAAAAUGACCGGAUGUUGACAAAUUUCCUGUCACUUUUCUUAGAAGGUCGUUUGUUCCUGUGAGAGAUUUUGUUAUCUCGGAUCUCUCUCUCUCUCUCUCUCUCGCUCUCGCUCUUGCUCUUGCUCGCUCGCUCUCGCUCUCCUCUGUGGCCCAGCGGAUCGACAUCUCCCAAUCUGAUGUCGAUCUGCAGCUGCGUCUCCUUCCAAUGGCCAUGGGGACGGGCGCAAUCCUCCUCCAUUAGUCUCCUAUGAUCUCCUUUUCUUCUCGUUUUAUCUAGAAGUUUUGUUUUUCGUCCUUGCGCUCUUUCUUCGCUUGGAUUCUCCUCUCUUGGCUCCAAGUUGGAAAACUCGGAUGGCAGGACGGGGGCGGCCGUUCGGGCUUAGGAUGUUCCAGGCUCUGAUGCUGAAUCCGCUGCAAAGGAGUUAUAGAGAUGGAUAACGAGAGGUGGUGACGUGGGUUGCGAUCAUUUUUAGGUUUUGCCUUGGCUGGACUAUCCAGAUUUUGGUUUUGACAACAAACUUUGAAUUUCCUGCUUGACGGAAUUGGCUUGCAUGUCACUGCCUGAUGACAUUGGAUAUCAUCUGGGUGACGUGUGAAGCUUCUGGAUUGGAUACAUUUCUGGAAAGUGUGCUUCGCUUGAGCUGCCCUGCUUCAGAUUUUCUACUAGUUUACUAAAUGAUAUUGGACAUGUUUUUGAGGAUUUGAUGGGAGGUUUUCCAAGGGGUUGUUUCCUUCUUGAUCCGGAAUGGGAACAAAAUUCCAGUGCAAAAGCUACCUUCCAGGAUAUCAUCCCAUGAUUGAUCUUAAUGAGAAUGCAAAGAGUUGUUGGUCUCGGUGCUAUGAAGAUAAUAUGUUGAGUGGACAUUUCUGCAAUGGCUUCAUGUUGAGGCCAGUGAAUGAAUAUUCAGAAUACGAUAAAGAAAUGCUUAAGCGGACUAUGCUUGAACAUGAAGCCACAUUUAGGAAACAGGUCUAUGAAUUGCAUCGUCUUUAUAGGAUUCAGAGGAACCUGAUGGACGAGUGUCAAAAGAAAGGGUUGCACAGAUACUCCAUACCAUCAGACACAUCACAAUCAACAAAUACUUUUUCAUCUCAAAUGCCAUGUGAAGGAACCACAAAGGUAUGGCAGAUGUCUCACCUGCCUGUAGUGAACGCCAGUUAUGACAAAGCACCUUUCGCAAGCACCGAUGACACAAGGUCAUCCUUAAACUUUCUGAGGGAAGGUAGCGUGCAGUCUGGUCCUAUUUCAUUAGAAAAUGAAGUUUCUCUAAAAGAUGGUGAACUUGAUUCUAAGCUUCAGAAAUCUCCUAGGAGAAUGUUUGACCUACAACUUCCAGCUGAUGUAUAUAUUGAUAGCGAAGAUGCCGAAAGAUCAGGAAAGAAAGAUUUCGCUGAUUCAUCAUCUAGAUUUACAGUUUCGCCUAGCAGAACUUGCAGUGCAGAUCCCGACAAUGCUGUAAAGCUUACUUUAAGCACCGGUAUGGGUCCUAAUUGCAAAAAGGAUAAUAAGAUACCAAAUUCAUGGGCACAAAAAGGUUUGUCAGCUCAGAGCUUGGCUGAUCUGAAUAAAUCUAUAAAAGAUAUAUGCUUUGAGGGAGCAGCAGAUUCAACUUCCAAUCAUUUUCUUGGCCUGAGAAACCACAGUGAAGAGAAUCAAGGUCAUAAGUUGUCAUCAAAAUCAAACACAAAUUUCCUAGGCCUACGAAGUGCUCACUCUAAAGAUGGGCAUCGUGAUGAAGGGUCUAGCUCAAGCUUCUUGCAUGCAGAUAAAGGGGAAAUAGGACAGGAAUGGCCAUUCUUCAAUAGUGAAAGUGGGCAAAGCAGGAGCAGCUUGAGUUUAUUCGGUCCAGGUCUCUGCGAUGAUAAAUUCCCCGUGUCAUCUGAAACCGUACAACCAAUGCUUAAGAAUUCACAUGGAAUUGCUUUAUCACAUCAAAAUAAAACACGGACAUGGUUCAGACAAAAGCCAACUUAUGGGAUUGAAACCUCUGGAAGCAGUACCCAUCUUGCCACCUCAAAUAAUUCAGCAGUGGCAGCAGCUCCUUCAAUUCCUGCUUCAUUCUCAAUUCUUCCUCAGAUGAACUCCUCAAGUAGUGCAUCUUCAUUGGUUUCAUCUUGGACAAAGCCCGUGAACAGCAUAAGCCACAUUCCAGUGGCAGUUCAAGCACUUCCAUGCUUUAACAGCUCUGCAACUCUGAGUACACGGAACAGGAUUUCCAAUGUAGCUGCUCAGAACAUAGGAACCGAUCCUGACAAAUGGCAAACCAGUAGGGAUUCACGCCAACGAGCUGGAAUUGAGGCACCUUCUUAUCUAAAUGGAUCAUUUGCAGGUUUUUGUCUGGAUUCGGAACCUGCACCAUAUUUACAGCUCCCAUCAGUCACCUUUGGUAAACGAAACCACAAUGAUACUGGUGACAGUUCAGCUUAUGGAAACUCCAUAGGUCAUGAAGCCCAAAAGUGUUUUAAGAGUUUGCAGGGCACUGAUGUGAAGUCUCUACACAAUGUAAAUCUGAACCAAGCACUUCCAAAUGGAAUUGAAAAUGAUCUUACUGUCCAACAGCAUACAGUACUUUGUGAUCUAGAGCAGAAAUUUGAGGAGUCCUCGAGAGAGAGAUCUUGGCUCAGAAAGAAACCAGCUUAUAAUGACUCUAUUGACUUGAAAAAACAUGCAUCUCAGAUGGAGUUGGGCUUCGUGCAUGGUCAUUCUCAGCUGAUGUCCAGUUUCAAUAUUGUUACUCCAGAAUCUGAGAGGAAACAAGAUAAGGAGACUGGUCUACCUCUUUGUAAUCCUCAGGGUUUUACAUCAGCUUUGCAGGUCAAGGAGAUCAGAAUGCAGAGGAAUGAGAUUGAAAAAGACAUAUAUUGCGCUGACUUGACCUGUGACAUGAAGGAGCGCAGCUCUGAGAAGGCAAUGUCUGUAGGGAGUUUGAUCACUGAAAAGGGGGCUGAAAACAUCAGUAAAAAAUUUAGGAACAUUAUCGAUCUAAAUGCUGAAGUAACAAGUAUGGAUGACCCAAGGCUAUCAGAGUUUUCACCCAAAAGUGAGGUGGCUGUUCCAUCGUCACUCCCAGUAUCAAGGGUUUCUGCAAAAGAUGCUACUGAGAUGAAUUUAGAAGUAAGAAUUUCUCAGGCAGAGGUGAAUAUAAUGCCUCAUCAAGAAUAUAUGCCAUCAAGCAAAACAGAUGGUUCACAAGAAACAGAAUGCUCUCAUGACACCCUUGCGAGAGAGGCAGCAGAGAAUAUUGUUGCUAUGUCGGUGGAUGUGCAAACACAUUUAGAGGAAAUCACAUGGGAUGGAUUGGCUCCAGCUCAGUGGAAUACCUUGUUUUGGUUUGCAGAGGUUGCUUCAUCCAAUGCAGACAACACAGGAGUUCCAAAGAGUGGUGGAGAUUGUGGAUCUGAAUCUUCAGAUGAUGAUGGAUUGGAUUUCUUUGAGGCUAUGACACUGAAGCUCGAGGAAAUAAAGGUCGAUGACCGCUGCUGCCAGCCAAAGGAGUUUGAGAAUAAAAAAGAUGAACCGGGUGCUGCUUCUCUGCUUCUAAUGAGGCCUCGGAGAGGCCAGGGAAGGAGGCGGCGACAGAGAAGGGACUUCCAGAAAGAUGUUCUGCCAGGCCUUGCAUCACUGUCAAGGCACGAAGUAACAGAAGAUCUUCAAACUAUUGGAGGACUGAUGAAAGCAUCAGGCAAGACUUGGCAGACAGGCUUAACAAAACGGAACACAGGCCGGAAUGGGCUUCAUUUCCAAGCAAAGGGAAGGAGGCAGCCUAGAAGUUUAGCUGUGACUGUAUCAGAGACUCGGAUAACUACCCCGCCGGUGCAUCCCAUUAGUACUGAUCUAGAAGUUGAUGGGAGGAAUAUGAUAGGGUGGGGAAGGACAACAAGGCGGUGCCGUAGACUGAGAUGUCCACCUGGUAAUGUCUCUGCUCCUCUAACUUAAAGCUUAAGUUUCAUAAUCAUGGUAACAAUUUUAUAAGGAAAUGUGGAAUAGGAAUUUUAUGUGGAUUCAAUUGAGAGGUAACCACAGUCAUGAAAUGCUUCCGUACAUGUUCUCUUGGUCCUAAUUUGGGCUUUUAUUACUGCUUUUGAGUCAAAAACAGCUUGUACAUUUUACAAUAAAUACUGCAUUGUUUGGUGAAACGGAGGGCAGACUAUUAUGUUUGAAGCUUACAAGAACAAGUAAUUAUGAGACUUGCAGUUUAAGAGGAUCUCAUAAAACAAAUAUUUGACCCAUUUUAGUGGGGCUUUAGGAUAUGAUCAGACUGAACUUAGCAAAGUCUCAGUAAGAUAACCCUCUGGGAGAUUUUCUUCUUUUUGCCUCUGUUUCGUUUGCUUGUGGCUUAUUCUUGCAAUACUUCUUACAAGCUUAUCGAAUUGACCCGGGAUUGUGGUUUGUAGAUGCCAAACCCUUUUGGUACAAAAGGAGUUUAUUUAUCUUUUA